AUGAGGUUCCUCUCUCCAGAAACGAUGCUGUCGAGUCAAGCGUUUGGGACAUGCAUCCUAAUUCUUCUAUUUGCAUGGCUGGUUCGAAAGUUCGCGAAGGUGAUACAGUUUAAGAAGCGAUACCGUUUACCCAACCCGGUUCCCGGAUUACCACUGAUUGGGAAUGCCCAUCAAAUCCCACGAGACCUUCCAUACCUAUUCUUCCAAGACUUGGCAAAGAAGUAUGGCGAAAUGUUCACAAUCAACAUCGGAGGAACAAACUGGCUAUUUCUCAACUCCAAAAGGACUGUCAACGAGCUCCUGGAAAAGAGAGCAGCCAUAUACUCCUCGAGAAUGAACCUGCCGAUGGCUUACGACCUCGUGUCCCGCGGCAAGCGAACUCUCCUGAUGCCCUACGGAGACUUGUGGCGUCGAGAGCGCAAGGUCAUGCAUCAGAUUCUGAAUGCUACACAGCGCAACAUCUUCGAGCCGUUCCAAGACCUAGAGUCCAAGGCUUUGCUGCUCAACUACCUCGAACGUCCAGAUGAAUGGUGGAAGAGCCACGGAGCGUUUUCCGGCUCGGUCAUUAUGAGCGUUGUUUUUGGACGUCGAGCCGGCGUUGACGAUGCGAACUUGAGCGACUCCCUUGCCGUGUCUGAGGAGUUUGUCGAGUAUCUCAUGCCCGGCCGCGCGAUCGUCGACCAUUUUCCUUUCCUCGCCGAAAUCACAUGGUUCAAAAGUCUGCAGCCAUGGCGAUGGUAUGGCGACGGCUUGUAUAAGCGUACUCGCGCGGUAUACAAGCGAGAACUAGAUCAACUUCGCGAACGCCGAGCGCAGGGCAAACAACGGGACUGCUUCAUGACGGAAUUUCUCGAGAAGCAGCAUGAUUCGGACUUCACCGAGGACGAGUUCCUGUUCAUGGCAGGCGCUCUGAUGGAAGCUGGUACAGACACCACUCGCGCAUCCUUGGACCAGUGUGUGGCCGCCGCCGCGUUGUGGCCCGAUUGGAUUGAGCGUGCUCGCACACAGCUCGAUGAAGUAUGCGGUUCUAACGCUGAGCGACUGCCGACCGCCCAGGACAUGCCGAACUUGCCAAUCAUCAAGGGAGCAGUGAAGGAGAGUGUUCGAUGGAAGCCGACGAUUGCUGAGACGGGAAUCCCGCACGCGUUGAUGCGGGACGACGAGUUCGAAGGAUACAAAAUUCCCGCAGGAACGAUCGUGACGUAUAAUCAAUGGGCGAUUGCGAAUUCCACGGACGAGUACGAGCAGCCGGAGAGAUUUUGGCCGGAGCGAUUCAUCAACGAGGAUCUUGAUAAGCCCGCCAAGGGACACCUCGGAUUCGGCGCAGGGCGACGACUAUGUGUUGGCUAUAACGUAGCUAUCACUAACUUGCACAUCUCAUUGGCUCGACUAGUCUACUGUUUCGACAUUCUGCCAGUACCUGGCGCGAAGAUCGACACCUCACAGUCACCCAAGGUGAUGAAGGAUGGUCCGUCAUUCCAGGUGAAGAUCAAGGUCCGAAGUGAGUCCCAUCGGCGACUCAUCGAAAGAGAGUGCCGCGGAGCAGCUAUUCAUCAAAAACCAAGACCAUACCAAGAAGAUAAAAGGGGUAUUGUGAUGGAAGGUCGAAAGCGAGUCCAGCCUGAAAAGGACGUAAUUGAUUGGGAUAGUCGCCCGUCUGCCAAGAGGAGGCAACUAUCCCGCCGACCGCCUCGGGCGUCACAGGCAUGCGAUUCUUGCGCAACAUCGAAGGUCAGAUGCGACGAUCAAAAGACUUGCAAUCGAUGUAGACGGAAGGGUAUUGAAUGCAUCAGAAGUGCCGGGGCGUUUGGGUUUGCCGAUGAUCGGUGCGGGCUUGCACAAGAAGACGACUCUCCCCUCGUCCCUUCGAGGACCAUUUCUCCAGCCACAACCAUCGUAGCUGAAGAAGCUGCUGUAGGCUUGAGCAUCGAGCAGGGCUCAUGGACAGACGAUUCGUUCUUAUUCAACGAUUUCCUCGCUUCAUUUGGAGCACCCGAUAUCUUUGGGAUCAAUGACGAGCUCGAUACAUCCAUGCUGUCCUCACUUGCACCUAUGCUGGCCCCGAGCUCACCGGCAAAGCUACGAACAGAAACGCGGCCAUCGUUACCAAGUGACUCUGGUGAUCAGAGUGUCGUCUCUGAUGAGGCGAGCAAAGUCUUUGAUAACACGCUGGGGAACUGGAAGCCAGCACAGGGAGCUUCUUCCAAGACUGAUAGUCUUUUCAUAUCUGUUACAAAGCAGACUUCGAUGGUUGGGCAGAUGGGAGAAUACGAUUCGUCGUUAUCAAGCCAUCAUCUGACCGCAGAGAAGCGAGACCAGAUUGUGUAUCUGGUUCAGAAGAAUUCCGCAAAUCCCCCUACUCUGGCAGCAGCGACUUCGUUCCCGUCAGCAAGGGUUCUCGGAGAGAUGCUCCAGAUAUUUCUUACCAGGCAGCAAGACGAAACCGCAGGAAUGAUUCAUCUUCCCACCUUAAAUGUCGCUGACUGCGACCCUCUACUUCUCGCUGCCAUGAUAUCGACUGGUGCAGCCCUGUCAACACACCCUUCGGCAAAUGAAUUCGGAUUGGCGUUGAUGGAUGUGGUAAGAAUGGUUCUUAUGGAUUCGGUGAGUUGGUCCGGUAGCCUCUUCGCUCUCAAGUUUCUCACAGUGUCCCAGGGCGACCGAGACAACGCAAUCACCCGCAGCCUGACAUACAUCCAGGCCAUGACAUUGGUGUGCGAAUGCGCACUCUGGAGUGGAGACCAGCGAAAGACUGAGAUGUCUGAUGCCACUUCGGCUAUUCUUGCGUCGGUACGGAAAGCAUGCCAGAGAUGCGUUGUUCACCAGCUCCUGAAGCUAAUAAGCAGGGCUAAACGAUUGUUUCGCGUGUCCUACAAGUCGUUCACGCCGCCUGUGGACGGGGACGAAGAAGAAUUGCGACUUUCAUGGAUUGAGUGGGCGAACCAAGAAUCCUUCAAGAGAACCGUAUACCGCUUCUACCUACAAUGUGUACAACGGAGUGCCUUCAGAAAUACACCCUCUCCAUUACCCAGCCACGACAUGACUGCUCCUCUCCCGGACAGCUCCAAGCUUUGGCUGGCAGAUUCUGCCGCGGAAUGGAGCAUUACAUAUCACGAGUGUCUGAAAGACGGCUUGGAAAACCAGAAAGGCCUCAGCCUGUCAAGAUGUCUAGCUGAAGUUUCAGUUCUAAAGACAUUGACGCCAUUGGUUGACUUCAACUUUGCGGUCUUGGUAGUUUCAUGUUCUCUGACACCAAUCCUGGUCGAAGCCCGCACACGUUUUCUUACCGUAGACGCCGUAAGCGAAGCGGACUGGCCAUCCCGUGCCCCGGACUCAUGGAGGGUCACCGCAUCAGCUUUGAGGCUUCUAGAUGAUACCAGAUUUCUUCUCAAAUCGGGGGUGGUCGAAAGUCAUGCCCUGACGUUGUUCUUCUUGGAAUACAACGAGUUCUGCACCGCGGCGCCCAUGCCGAUGAUAGACGCGCUAUUAGGUAGCGAGAACCACUGGUCCUCUCACGAGGCGUUCGAGCGGUUGAAAAGCUGGACAAGAACUCAACAAGCUAGGCGUGCGGCAUGGCACGCCGGGCAAGUUCUGCGUGCCGCGAGACGCAUUAUGCCAAAGGACAGAGCAGAUUUUCACGCGUUUGCAUGUUACCAGGCCAUGUUGAGUUUGUGGGUCUACGGGUUGUAUCCAACGCAUCAGCUGUCGAUGACAGACCGCGAAGCACAACCUGGACAGGACGAGCCAAUGGUUCAGUUGGAUGGCCAGGAGACGAUCGACUCUCAACGUUGGAUCAGCUACGGAAAAGGAAAGCCAUUCAUCUCACGGGCUGCCGGAAGGACUGAUACUCACUAUGGGAGCAAUGCCGAUAUCGUUGCAGUGAUGAGAGGCUCCGACAGUGAAGAAGUGACUCUAUUGCCUCCGUUGGAGACGGUUCAAACUGUGUUUUCAUCGGAAGCAACAGGAAGACAUUUCCCAAUUUGGAAGCAUACAUGUCGAAUUUUGCGAGCUCUAGGCGCUUUCAAGCAGGAGCAAAGAUGA